AUGGAAGAUAUAAAUUUCGAUACAGUGUUCGACAGUGUUCUCGAUCAAUAUUUAAACCCAGACCUUGACCAAGCCUCAACAAAUGUUUCCCCAAUAGAAAAUGAUGGGAUAAAUUUUUUUAGAAAAAAUUUUUUCUCUGUGUGUUGUUUACAAUAAAAAUAAAUGAUUCUUAAAAAUAAUAGCCAAGUAUAAUAUAUAUAACUGUUUUUAUUAAAUUAUUUAGGAUAUCAUAAAAUGAAGAUCCUUACUUCAAUUUGGAUCCCAUUCCCACAGAUAAUUCUCAAGAUAUAUUUCUCUCAGAAAAAGAUCCAAAAAUCUUUUCUUCAUAAUUAUUCAUUAAAUUAUUACAGAGAAGCUCUUGGCCAGCAAAUUGCUUUUCUUGUUCCUUGCUUCGCACUACCUCUAUGCUUGCCCUGGUUCCACAGGCUAAGGCUUGUGCUGCUCCGGACGAGGGCUUGCACUCGUAAUCAGGAGGUAAAGAAGCUUGGUCACCGUGCCAUAUGCUGACGGUUUACAUUUUCCUAAAUUUCAAAAAAUAUAUUUUCUGGUCUGGCUAUCGACAAAGAUAAAGCUUGCAGCCUAGGGCACAACUCCCAGUGGAAAAUGUCCGAUUGGCCAAGCGAACGCCCUGGCCUUACUGGACUAUCCCUUUCCAGCUUCCAAGUUUCAUCCUCUUUCGGGGUAAAACCUUGCUCUGUAUGUGAGCCUGCGGUGGUCAGCCUGGCAUUGUGCUCCACCAGACCAAGUAAAACCCACUUUCCCUUCCACGAGGUCCUCAGACUCCCGUCUGGCUACAGAUGUUAAGCGGGCAGGUUGGCUCUCCACCCCAUUUUUAUGUGUGUAUUUUUUCUUCAUCGCUUCUGCUGCAAAACUUCGACAAUUCCGAUUACAUCCGAUCAGAAAUCUGCUCCUUGUGUGGGAAAAAUCUUGUAAAAUCAGAAGAUGGCACCUGCAAAAUUCCAAAAAAGCGAAAAAGGCUUGAUGCCACCCCUUCUUGUGCAUCUACUAAAGUAUGCCUGGACUGCAAAAAGCUUGACAUCAAAGACUUAAACAGCUACAAAAAUGCUUCAAAAACCUCAAAAAUGGUCAUAUACUCAUCCCUAUAUAUAUCCCACCAUUUUUAUUUAUUUUUCUCUAAUAUAACCAUUUUCACUAUUUCCAUAUAAAAAGAGAAAAUGCUAAAAAGGCAUUUUUACAAAAAAAGAGCGAGGAAUUACAAAAAUUGGAAGAAGAGGAAAAAAUAAUCCUUGAAAACAGCAAAAAUUUGCCUAUUGAAGAACAAAAAAGGCUGAAGCAAAAAAUGAGGAAUAGAGUCUCCGCACAAAGGAGUAGAGACAAGAAGAAAGAACUGCUGACACAGCUGAUUGAAGAAAACGAGAAUUUAAAAUCAAAAAAUAAUGAGCUUAAAAGAAGGCUUAUCGAAGCAGAAAAUGAAAAUGCUCAUUUAAAGAAGCAGCUUUCACAUGAGUAUAUUGGAGACUCAGGCAGCAUGCCCAAGACAGCUAAGUACCUUUCUCUUGGAUUUAUUGCUGCUAUAUCAGUAAUAAUGAUAGUGUCGACUUCUCAGCCACAAAUGCAAGGGACUGAGCUCAAAGCUCUGCCUUCAAGAAAAUUGAUUGAAGUCCCAGCAAUUCGUCAAAAAGGUGAGGUAAAAAUUAUUGAUGAAGUAAGUAUUUUUCCUGAUAAAGAUAAAUACUUAUAAUUUUUAUAGUAAAUAUAUAUUUAUUAAAUAACAUUUUUUUAAAAAUCAUGUUUCAGCGUAGAAGAAUACCUAUAAGUGAGCUAAAUGAGUAUCGGCAGAACCGCAUGGAUAUGUAUGAAAACGUCCCAAGUUUCCGGUCAUUUGAAGGUGCAAAUGAUCCUUGUGCUAGAAAUAUGAUAAAUCAAGUACGGGAUGGGAAGUUCACUACUUUAUUCUGCCCUAGUAUCCAGGCAUUUUGGGAUCAAAGCCAAGAAUCCCCAAAUCUGCAAUUUAUCCAAAUCGUGACCCCAUUGGAAAGUAUGUCAGGCUUAGCCCCAGCGACGCCAAUAGAUCCAUCACAGGACUAUAUGUUAGAAAUCAUAUGUAAAGUAACAGAUGUCAAAGUCAUGCCCGCGAUAUCUGCUACUAUAGAUCCAUAA